UAUAUAAAUUAAUAUAGACACACACACUGUCACACACACAUACAUAUCUGUUCCAUCUCAUCAAUCUUCAACUAAUAAUGAACUUCUUCAUCAUUUUCCUCUCCUUUGCCUAUUCUUUUCUAUCUUUAAUUUGCUGAUUAAUAAUCAGUUUUGGUACUUGCUAUAAGUUGAAUUCUAGCUCUUACGAUAUGUCGUCUUGGAUUAUUUUUCUUGUGUUGUUGUGCUCAUUGGCGACGCUUUCAUCAGCAUCGCUUAGAGUGGGAUUCUAUAAAUCAACAUGUCCAUUAGCAGAAACAAUUGUGAGACGAGCAGUAAAUAAAUUUGUUUCUCGCAAUCCAGAAUUAGGGGCCGGCCUUAUUAGAAUGCAUUUCCAUGACUGCUUUAUCAGGGGUUGUGAUGCAUCAGUACUGCUAGAAUCCACACCAGGAAAGCCGUCAGAAAGAGAACACAGAGCUAACAAUCCAAGCUUACGAGGUUUCGAAGUAAUUAACGAAGCCAAAGCACAAAUAGAAGCAACAUGUCCACAAACAGUAUCAUGCGCAGACAUUCUUGCAUUCGCAGCAAGAGACAGCUCCAAAAAACUUGGAGGCAUAAACUAUGCAGUUCCGGCAGGAAGGCGAGAUGGACGCAUAUCAAACGUAGAUGAAGUAGCACAAAAUCUGCCACCUCCAACCUUCAAUGCAGAACAACUCUCACAAAAUUUCGCCCGUAAAGGAAUGUCAGUCGAUGAAAUGGUGACAUUAUCAGGAGCCCAUUCGAUUGGAAUAUCGCAUUGUUCUUCAUUUUCUAACCGUCUUUAUUCUUUUAAUGCGACCCAUGCUCAAGAUCUGUCCAUGGAUUCUACAUAUGCAGCUUUUUUGAAGACUAGGUGCCCUAAUGAUGGGGGUUCUAGUAGUGAUCCAACGGUGGCGCUUGAUCCUACCCCUAAUCAGAUGGAUAAUAGAUAUUAUAUGGAAUUGAAGAAGAAUAGAGGAUUACUGACUUCAGAUCAGACAUUAAUGAAUAGUCCCUCAACACAGAAUAUUGUAAUGAAUAAUGCAAGAAAUAGCAGACUGUGGGCUGCUAAGUUUGCAAAGGCAAUGGUUCAUAUGGGUUCUCUUGAUGUUCUUACUGGUACUCAAGGUGAAAUUAGAAAACAAUGUAAUGUCAUCAACUAAUU